GCCGCCAUUUUCCUCGCUCCCCCCUGUCAAUCACGACCUUCGCCCUUCUGAUUGGCUCUCCGCCACGCCGCUCUUCCCCAUCACCAUUCCCAUUGGUUGCGCGGGUAGGCGGGACCACCGUAUUGAGGCUCCCCCAUUGGACGCAGCCUUUCCCGCUCGCGGGGCUGUGGGCGGGAUUAUCGGGCCGCUCCGCGCGCUGAUUGGUUGAGGGGCUGAGAGCGGGAAGACGGGGAGAAAAUGGCGGCCCUAAGAGGAGGGGGGGACAAAAUGGCGGCCGCUGAGGGGAGGGGGCGGAAGCUGUUGUCGCCUUCCCCACAAGUUCUAUGGGGUCUCGUCCCCCCAUCGCACUUCAUGGCCCCCAAAGCCAGGUUGAUUGACGUGGAGAAGGGGCGGAGCCAAGAGAUGGGGGCGGAGCUUGGUAUGCAAAUGAGGCGGAACGAAGACAUGGGGGCGGAGCUUGGUAUGCAAAUGAGGCGGGACGAAGACAUGGGGGCGGAGCUUGGCAUGCAAAUGAGGCGGAACGAAGACACGGGGGCGGAGCCUGAUAUGCAAAUGAGACCGAGCCACAGCCUUGGGGCGGAGCUUGGUAUGCAAAUGAGGCGGAGCCAAGCAUUGGGGGAGGAGCCUGAUAUGCAAAUGAGGCAGAGACACAGCAUUGGGGCAGAGCCUGAUAUGCAAAUGAUGCGGAGACACAGACUGGACGAGGGGCUUGGUAUGCAAAUGAGGCGGAGACACAGCGUGGGGGCGGAGCUUGGUAUGCAAAUGAGGCCGAGCCAAGUGAUGGAGGCUGAGCUUGAAGCUGAUAGGGGGCGGAGCUUAAGGCUGGAGGCGGAGCUUGAUAUGCAAAUGAGGCGAAACAAAGACAUGGAGGCGGAGCUUGAUAUGCAAAUGAGGCGGGUCAAAGAGCUGGAGGUGGAGCUUGGUAUGCAAAUGAGACGGAACAAAGACAUGAAGGCGGAGCUUGAUAUGCAAAUGAAGCAGAACAAAGAGCUGGGGGCGGAGCUUCAAGCUGAAAAGAGGCGGAGCUUAAGGCUGGAGGCGGAGCUCGGUAUGCAAAUGAGGCGGAACAAAGAGCUGGAGGCGGAGCUUAAGGCUGAAAAGGGGCGGAGCCAAGAGAAGGGGGCGGAGCCUGAUGGAGAGACCCCAUUGCUCCGUGCUCAGCUCAGCGCCCUCAGCCACAUCCUGACCCUACAAGAGAAGGAGCUGAACAGGGAG